AUGACGGAGUUGCUCCUCCCCCUCUCCGUGUCCAAGAAAGGGAAAGGCUCCUCGGCAGUGGUGUGGGAGUCAGUAUCCUUUGAGGACGUGGCCGUGAAAUUCACCCAGGCCGAAUGGGCUCUGGUAAAUCCUGAUCAGAGAUGCCUGUACAGAGAUGUGAUGCUGGAGACCUGCAGGCACCUGGCCUUCGUGGAGGGUUUCUCUCCAGGAAAAGACAAUGGUACUCUUGGGCAUGUCUUGGAGAAUAAGUUGUUCAGUGAAAACUGCACUGUGGAGUACAUGAGCAAUAAUUCCUGCAAUCGUUUCGGAGAGAAGCAGAUGUACCAGCACCAAACUCAGAAGCGGCAACAUAACUUCAGGUAUCGCUCCAAUCUGAAUCGCCACAGCCUGAUUCACACUGGGGAGAGACCAUAUGACUGUGAGCAGUGUGGGAAAAGCUUCAGGACCCGCUCAACUCUGCUUCAACACAACCUUAUCCACACUGGGGAGAGGCCGUAUGACUGUGAGCAGUGUGGGAAAAGCUUCGGGACUCCCUCGAAACUGCUUAGGCACAGUCGGAGCCACACUGGGGAGAGGCCAUAUGACUGUGAGCAGUGUGGGAAAAGCUUCAGAACUCGCUUUACUCUGCUUCAGCACAACCUGAUCCACACUGGGGAGAGGCCGUAUGACUGUGAGCAGUGUGGGAAAAGCUUCAGGACUCGCUGGAAUCUGUGUCAGCACAACCUGAUCCACACUGGGGAGAGGCCAUAUGACUGUGAGCAGUGUGGGAAAAGCUUUAGGAGUUGUUCGGACUUGCGCAAGCACUGCCGGACCCACACUGGAGAGAGGCCAUAUGACUGUGAGCAGUGUGGGAAAAGCUUCAGGACUCGCUGGAAUCUGUGUCAGCACAGCUUGGUCCACACCGGGAAGAGGCCGUAUGACUGUGAGCAGUGUGGGAAAAGCUUUAGGAGUUGUUCGUACUUGCGCAAGCACUGCCGCACCCACACUGGGGAGAGACCCUAUGACUGCCCCUAG